AUGACUUGGAUUUCAUUAGUUUGCUUGCUCGCUCUGUCGAGCUCAGCUUUGGCACGAUCAGUUUCAUAUGGUUCAUAUGGAUCUGUUCAAAUGCCCCAAGUUUCAUCUGCAAAUCUCAUCCGUGAUUUCGGAAGCCAACAAGUUCAACAACCAUCAUUCACCCAAACUGGAUACGGACAACAACCACAAGUUUUCCCACAACCAUCCCUUGAUGAACGUGUUCCACAACCAGAAAUCCAAUCCGUCCAAACUGGAUAUGGUCAACAAUAUGCUGCUCCAUCCAUGAUCCGCAAAACAGUUCCACAAUUCGACCAAUCACUCCCCAAAACAUACCCAAUGGCCCGACCAACACCAACACAAAUCCAAUUAUUGGAAGAACAAAAAUUACAAUUGAAAAAGAUCAUCGAUGAUGCCACAAUCCCAACUGAAGCUGACAACCUCUGCCGUGGCCAACGCCCAGAAACCGUCAUCCCAUUAGAUAACGGCCGACGAUUUGUUGUCUGCAUUGAUGAAGCCAAAGGUCAAGAACAAACAUGCCCACGUGGUCUUCUCUUCCACCCCGAAUCACGCCGAUGCGAACGCAAAUUAGGCCCAUUGGAAAACCCAUGCUCAUCACAACCAUGUCUUAACAACGGACAAUGUGUUCAAACCGACUUCACAUCAUACAAAUGCCAAUGUGCUCCAGGUUUCGAUGGUGAACACUGCGAAUUAGAUGCCACAGUCUGCCAAACCCAACAACCAUGCGGUCAAUCACCAGACACCAAAUGUCAAUCAUUCCGAUGGGGAGCUGCUCUUAAACACAUUUGCAUCCUCCAAAACGGCCGUGCCUAUGGUCUUACAGCUUCACAAGCCACACCAAGCCCAUGCACAGGUGUUGAUGGAGUGUUCCCAUUAGCCUUCAGCGACAAAGGUUUCAUCAUGUGCAACGGUGACUUAAUGUAUAUCGAAACAUGCCCAGGUGGUACAGUUUGGGAUGAUCUCAACAAAGCUUGUGUCUGGCCAGAUAUGCAAGGACUCUCAUUCGAAGAUCAAACACCACAAGUCCCAUCAUACGGUCAAUCAUCAUACGGAUCAGUUCCACGAUCAAUGACACCACAAGCUGAUGUUCCACAAUACGGACAAAUCCAAAUUAAAACCUUCACCCAACCAAAACUCGACCAAGUAUCAACAUACGGCCAAGUCCAAACCCCAUUAGUUCAAGAUUUACCAAAGCAAACAUACGGUGGAUAUCAACAACCACAAAUCCAAAUCCAAAUCCCACAACAAGAUGUACCAAAAUCAUUCGGCGGAUACCAACAACCACAAAUCCAAAUCCAACAAGAUUUACCAAAAGUCUCAUAUGGCGGAUACCAACAACCACAAAAACCACAAGUUUUCCAACUCCCACAACAAAAGGACUUCCUCCGUCCACAACCACAACAACCAUCAUCUGGUUAUUAA